CUGCUUUCUGAGUGUGCAGCCUGGCCAUUCCUUGCGCCAUGCAACAAGAUGGAAAAGCGGAUGCAGUGCAAGCUAUUGACAAUUGUCUGCGACAAAGGCUUCUUCGCAGCACCAAAGUCAUGUUCUUCUUCCACCGACAUGCCCGUCACAAGGACAAGUUGGGCCGGAGGUCAUUGGACUUGAGUGGAGCCAUCAGUAUGACAGCCGAUUUGGCCAGACACUUUGCAUUGCCUGAUGUAAUUUUCAGCAAUUUGCCAGAGACCUUUAGUAGCUUUGACUUCACUGGAAGUGGCAUGCUUUGCCUCGAAGAGACGAGAGUGAUGGUGAAGAAGACCCUGCUUCAAUGGCGCUGGGCCCUUUCCGGAGGGCCUGCGCAGCUGGAUGGUGAAUUUGUGACCAGCACACUGGAGGACGGAGGCUAUUCGGUUGUACGUGAGAUGGGUCGCGGCGGACAAGGCAUCAUGUACCUGGCGAGGAAAACCGAAGAGAGUUCUUCGUGGUUUGGGUAUUUGUCAAAUUGUGGCCAGUCUCAAGUACGCGCCACAUAUUGCAUAAAGUUCUACAGCAAGAAGAAUGCAAAUGCUGGAGGCUUGCAAGAAAUACUGGAAGAAUUUCACCGCAUGAAAGAGUUCGACAAUGUCCAUGUGGCAAGGACGUUUGAAGCCUUCCACGAUCAAGAUUUCGUUUACUUGGUGAAUGAACCGUAUUUUGGAGGCGAUUUCACCAAGCUGGCAAAGAGAGCCUACGACAAAGGAGUUGAGAUGCGAGAAAGCUGGUGGCGUGAUAUUUUUCGCCAAUGCUUGGAAGGUUUGGAAUAUCUGCAUCGGGAGGCCCAGAUGCACUGUGACAUUAAGGAGCCAAACCUGAUGAUACGCCACGAUGAUGACUUCACAAAACCGGAGGUUGUCCUCAUAGAUUUUGGCCUGGCGCAGAAUAUCUCCGUGAAGGUGACCGGCCUCAGCGGAACGCCAGGCUACAUUCCGCCAGAAACUUGGCGAAAGCAGCGGUGGCAGCCCCAGGGAGAUAUCUUCAGUCUUGGAGUGGUCUUCUUCCAGUUGAUGUCUGCUCGGGUGCCGAGAAGUGGCCUCGACAAAGUGCAGGGCAUCUUCCAGGAAGGCGCCAAGAAUGUGCAAGACGUUGGCCAACUAACUGUAACAUGCCAGCCACCGUGGAAGCUCUUUCCUACCCACUUGCGCUUAUUGACCGAGUUGGUCUCCGCCAUGCUGCGGAAGGACCCCGAGCAGCGUCCACGCGCCCUUCAAGCUUUGCAAUAUGGUUGGUUCUUCUCGACCUCAGAUCAAGAAUUGCCCAAGGACACGCUUGGCUCCUUGAUCAGUGGCUCGGCGAAAGCCUUCUUCAAAGGUGAGCUGAUCAACGAGCUCCUUGAGCAGCUUGGAAGGAGCAGUUUGCUGAGGCCCCGUUUGGGUUUGUAG